GAAACUCACCUGUCCCCGUCUUCCCCGCCCUGAGGGCCGCGGCUCUGGAAACGGGGACAAAGCAGCCUGGAGGCGCCGAGAAGCCCGCGCAGGCCGAGGCGGCCCCCAAAGGAAGACACACCCGCCUCCUUGGGGCUCUGCCCUCCGAUAUGGAGAAGACCUGGAGCUACAGCCGGGGUUUCGGCUCACCUGGGCGCUGAUCCGGGCAGGAGUCUAAGGAGCCAUGUUGUCAGAAGCCCUGCUGGUGUCUGCUCCAGGCAAAGUCAUCCUCCACGGAGAACAUGCUGUGGUCCACGGCAAGGUCGCCCUGGCGGUGGCCUUGAACUUGAGAACAUUUCUCCUGCUGAGGCCGCAGAGCAAUGGGAGAGUGAGCCUCAAUUUACCAAACAUCGGGAUUAAGCAGGUCUGGGACGUGGCCACACUUCAGCUGCUGGACACGAGCUUUCUUGAGCAAGGUGAUGUCCCAGCACCCACCUUGGAGCAGCUGGAGAAGCUGAAGAAGACGGCGAGCCUCCCCAGAGACUGUGUAGGCAAUGAAGGCCUGGCUCUGCUUGCCUUUCUCUACCUGUACCUGGGUAUCUGUCGGAAGCAGAGGACAUUCCCGAGCUUGGACAUUGUGGUGUGGUCGGAACUGCCCCCUGGGGCAGGAUUGGGCUCCAGCGCUGCCUACUCUGUGUGUCUGGCAGCCGCCCUCCUGACUGCCUGUGAGGAGGUAGCCAACCCGCUCAAGGAUGGGGGCUCCGUCGGCAGGUGGCCUGAGGAAGAUCUGAAGUCAAUCAACCAGUGGGCCUUGGAAGGGGAGAGAGUGAUCCACGGGAACCCCUCUGGCGUGGACAAUGCGGUCAGCACAUGGGGAGGAGCCCUACGCUACCAGCAGGGGAAGAUGUCGUCCUUGAAGAGGCUCCCAGCUCUGCAGAUCCUGCUCACCAAUACCAAGGUCCCACGAAGUACCAAGGCCCUGGUGGCUGGCGUCAGAAGCAGGCUAAUCAAGUUCCCUGAGAUCGUGGCCCCGCUGCUGAACUCAAUUAAUGCAAUAUCCCUGGAGUGUGAGCGGAUGCUAGAGGAGAUGGUGGCGGCACCAGUUCCAGAACAGUACCUCGUACUAGAAGAGCUGAUGGACAUGAACCAGCACCACCUGAACGCCCUCGGGGUGGGCCACGCCUCCUUGGACCAGCUUUGCCAGGUAACGGCAGCAAACGGACUGCACAGCAAGCUGACUGGCGCCGGCGGCGGCGGUUGUGGCAUCACCCUCCUGAAGCCAGGUCUAGAGCGAGCCAAAGUAGAGGCCACCAAACAGGCCCUGACCAGCUGCGGGUUUGACUGCUGGGAGACCAGCAUCGGAGCACCUGGGGUCUCCAUGCACUCAGCCGCCUCUGUAGAAGACCCUGUCCGACAAGCCCUGGGCCUCUGAAACAGCCUGACAUGUCAUCCUACCAAGAAGCCUCUAAGUAUCUGGGGCUAGAAUUGGCCUCUGUGCUGGCCACUGACAUUUCCUGCUGGUAGCACCUUCUAGACUCUGAGAGGCACCACCUCCAUGGCCCAUCUGUAUUCUGGCAUUGCUGAAGCCAGGCAGGCAUCAGUUGUGGGGUCUUCUGAGAUGGCAGGCUGGCGCGGGAGGCCUUCGCCCUGGAGCUCUUAUGGGUGCAUCUUCCUGGGCCUGGCCUCCAUCUGCCUCACACAAACUCUGGCUCCUAGCCAUGCACCCUUCUUUCCUGCCAACGAUGGCCUCUCAGGAACUGCCUGGCCAGUGGCUCCUGGCUCCUGGCUCCUGUCCUCUCUUGAGGAUCAUUGGCUGAGGCAAAGGUUGGUGACUACUCUAGCUCCAUGUGUACUCCUGGGAAAAGCUGCCCAUGGGGGAAAUAAAAACAUCGUACAAACAAA